UAAUAUAAUAUUUUAUUAUUAUUAUAUUUGUCACACGGUGAUCCCAAUAAUGCAAAUAUACAUCAUCUUAUCUAGCCAAAUCAAUUUGAAGGCACCCACCCUAUUUUCAUAUUCUUUGCGUAUAAAUUCCUUCAGCCUCUCCUACGAUUUCUAGCCUCCUUCUUUCUUAGGGUAAACUCUUUCUCUCUCUAGAACGAACAAAUUAAUUAAUAGUAGCCGUGGCAUUAUAUUCUGGUUAUGUACGCUGACGGCCAUCAAGAACUUGAGAGCCCCCUCUCCGCCGUAGCUCUCGGCUUUCCCCGCCUCCGUUUCCUUCGCUACCGCCGCCUGAGGUAACUAACUUCAGGCACACACAAAUAGUUGUAUAUAUAUAAAUAUAUUUGUAUAAGUAUAUUUUUGGAAUGCCUUCGCCAAAGUGUCACCGGAAAGGGGGUUUGGAGAAGAACAAGAAGGGGAGGUUGUCGGAGAGGGCGUCGUCCUUCCACGUAAGAGGGGGCGGAGUGGUGGCCGAGAUGCUUCCGAGGCCGAGAACCGUGCCGGAUUUACUGGCUGCAGGGAGGAGUUCCGGCGGAAGUGCCACGGAGGAGAACAUGGGUAGGCCGCAGAAGCUCACGAAGCUGCUGCUGCACGUGACGGUACAGAGGAGCCCUGGCGCCGUGCACGUGCUGCUGCCGCCGGAGGCCACAGUGGAUGACUUGAUUGCGGCGGCGAUACGGCAGUAUGUGAAGGAGGCGCGACGCCCUGUUAUUCCGGCGGACGGUGCGUCUGGAUUCGACCUCCACUACUCUCAGUUUAGCUUAGAAAGUUUGGACAGAGAGGAGAAGAUAAUGGAAUUGGGUUCAAGAAACUUCUUUCUCUGCCCAAAAGAGGCGGCGGCCACUACUAAUACCAGCGGCGGCGCGUGCGUGAUGACAUCAGCAAAAUGUUCAAAGGAAGUUGUAGAUGAGGCAAUGAAGAAGGAUUUACCUUGGCUCAAGUUGUUGAAUUUUUUGCUGUAAAAAGCAGCCUCUUUUACAGCGCCACAUCUUUGUCUUUCCAAAGAUUCCUACUACUAGUAGUAUUUAUUAGGUCAAGAUUCUACAAGUUGUACAAAAAAAUAAUAAUAUAUUCUUUUUAAUUUAGGUUGCUACAAUUUUCAAAAUUAAAACAUGGUGACUCAGUCUCUAUCUUCCACCUGUCCAAUGAAAUGAGUCCACCCAUUAUAUUAUAUGAAUUUAGACACCAUCUUAUC